AUGUACACGUAUUCCCGACGCAUAUGCACAGAAGCCUGCAUUUCUCUGCUAUCGCCCCUCAAAGGCACUACAAAUGCAUCAACAGAUCAUGUCAUAUACCCACACAUUCUUCGGCUCAGAGGAGGCAUGUUUCGAAGCGAGCUAUUCCAUGCAGCUGCAACACUUUGUUUUGAGCUUCGGUUACAAGUGACAGACAAGAUAUUACCUUUGCUUCCAGGAGCUAGCACAGGCGACACAGAUUGGAACACCAGCCAGCGUGGAAAUUUGAUACGUACUGUCGAGAGUGCCAUCGAGUACUUUGCAUUCAAAGUCCGGACAGAGAAGCAAGCGUGCAAAGCAUUCAUGCUGCUCAAUAUGGUAUAUGCAUCGGCACAAAGUGAGCUCUUCUUAGGAACGGAUACACACACAGCUUGCGAAACAGAUACCAGCCACCUGACCCUUGAAAAUGCCUGUCCGCGGGCGGCUCGAAGAUGUCAGCAGCUACUCCUCGAGGGCUCUGGCCGCGCGGAGUGUCAACAUUCCGAGGAAAAUUGGCUCGGCUACCCAGGGAAUCCAUUCAUGAACGAGGAAGCCCCUGAACUUGGCGAAGGACAUCAAUGUUCGCAGAAGAAUUCGUCGUCGACGACUCAGACGGACCAUACUUCAGGCACGACUGACGCAGGGAAUGCCGGGCCUGACCUGUUUGACAUCUCAUUUGACUGGGGGAUGUAUCUUGACCCAGCAUAUCUGAAUGAAACGGGGAAUCUGUGGCCGUUGAUGGAUCCGUUGAUAUAG